CGGCGCCAAAGAGCGUGCCUCCCGCGCUGCGCCGCAGUCAGUCAGACGUGCUGAUUUUGACGGUUAGAAACCGGAGAGAUAAACAGCGGAUUUCAUUCGUCCAGAAGCCGGUGUCCAGCGGAUCCGUGACCCCGGUGCGGAGAUUGCUGUGUUUGUCAUGACAGCUGCAUCAAUCAGCCUUCAUUUAUUUUGGGUUCCAGCAGAGGAAGGUUAAUUUUUCAUACGCUGUCAGAUGGUUCAGUGCAGAGGUUUUCAUUACGUGUGAAUAAAUGUUUCUGCCCAAGUCUCUGCUGACGCAUCAGAAACCAGAUUCAAGCCACACCAGCUGAUCUGAGCACAAAUCAGUGCUUUUCUGGAGACAUUUGCACUGAAUGCACAGCUGCCUCCACACACAAGCACCACUGAAUGAACGAUCGCAGGUAAACAGUCUCCUCGCUCACAGAAGUGUUCAGCAGUAGAUCACAGAAACGUCACACACACUCUCGGAGUCUCAUGGCGGUGCAUCGGGCCGUGAGCUGAGGCAAGAACGCUCCUCGCCGCAGCGGGGCCCCGGGGCCGUCACCCUGUCGGAGCCGCAGCAGCCGGCGGCGCGGGAAGCCAUGGCCUCGUCUGUGCGCUUCACCGUCACGCCGAUCAAAGCCGAGGACCUGCCGGACACGUCUCCGGACAUCAGCUCGCGCUCCAGCGCCAGGGUCCGCUUCGGCUCCAGGGAGAGCAUGAACCGCAGCGAGGCGUCCGGAGGGGCCACCACCUCGCCGGAGCGCAGCCACCUCGAGCACGCGUGCGUGAACGCGCUGAUGGCGGAUCCUGUCUGCGUGAACAGGGUGUGCAGAGGUGACAGCGGUGUGAAGCUGUCCAGUGUUUACAUCAAUAACUCUAACGGCAUUGAUGACGAUGAUUUCUACGACAGGAAUCUGGCUCUCUUUGAGGAGGAGAUGGACACUCGUCCCAAAGUGUCGUCUCUGCUCAGUCGUCUGGCGAACUACACAAACCUCACACAGGGAGCCAAAGAGCACGAGGAGGCCGAGAGCAUCGGCGAGAAACGCAAGAGCAGCAAGUCUCCGCAGAUGGGCACCUUCAUGGGCGUGUAUCUGCCGUGUCUGCAGAACAUCUUCGGUGUGAUUCUGUUCCUCAGACUAACGUGGGUCGUUGGUACAGCUGGAGUCCUGCAGGCGCUGUGUAUCGUCUUCAUCUGCUGCUGCUGCACGCUGCUGACUGCGAUAUCUAUGAGUGCCAUCGCUACUAAUGGAGUCGUGCCAGCGGGCGGCUCGUACUUCAUGAUCUCUCGUUCUCUGGGGCCCGAGUUCGGCGGGGCCGUGGGCUCCUGCUUCUAUCUGGGCACGACCUUCGCCGGCUCCAUGUACAUCCUCGGGGCCAUCGAGAUCCUGCUGAUGUACAUGGCCCCCGGCGCCGCUAUCUUCGUCUCGGACAGCCCUGACGGCGAGGCGGCGGCCAUGCUCAACAACAUGCGCGUUUACGGCUCCAUCUUCCUCGUGCUGAUGUCGCUGCUGGUGUUCGUGGGAGUCAAAUACGUCAACAAGCUGGCGUCUGUGUUUCUGGCCUGUGUGAUCGUGUCCAUCCUGUCCAUCUACAUCGGAGCGCUGGUGUCCGCCUUCAGCCCGCCGUCCUUCCCAGUGUGUAUGCUGGGGAACCGGAGUCUGUCUCAGCACGAGCUGAAGGACGGUCACUGUGCGAAGACGCUGCCGAUGCUGCGCGAGCCGCCGCUGGACGCCGCUAACGGUAGCGAGAGCUUCAACGGCACAGACGCUCCUCCCGUCACCGCCGCCGCCGCGCUGGAGAAAACCACAGACCUGUGGAGGCACUUCUGCAACAGCUCCGAGCUGAGCGCCACCUGCGACGAAUACUUCCAACACAACAACGUCACGCAGAUCCAGGGCAUCCUGGGCCUCGCCAGCGGCGUGAUCGCAGAGAACCUCUGGAGCUCGUACUCGGCUAAAGGAGACGUGCUGGAGCGUGGCGAGCAUCACUCCUCCCACAGACCCGCCGUGUCCAAUCACUUUCCUUACGUCUUCGCUGACAUCACCUCCUCCUUCACGCUGCUGAUCGGGAUCUUCUUCCCCUCCGUGACCGGAAUCAUGGCGGGAUCGAACCGCUCCGGAGAUCUGAAGGAUGCGCAGCGCUCCAUUCCCAUCGGCACCAUACUGGCCAUCCUCACCACCUCGCUCGUCUAUCUGAGCUGUGUGGUGCUGUUUGGAUCCUGUGUGGAGGGCGUUGUUCUCCGAGACAAGUUUGGAGACUCGGUGAAGGGGAAUCUGGUUGUCGGGACGCUCUCAUGGCCCUCCCCCUGGGUGAUUGUGAUUGGCUCGUUUUUCUCCACGUGUGGCGCCGGCCUGCAAUCACUGACCGGAGCUCCUCGCCUGCUGCAGGCCAUCGCUAAAGACAACAUCAUCCCCUUCCUGAGGGUCUUCGGUCACGGCAAAGCCAACGGGGAGCCGACGUGGGCUCUGCUGCUGACGGCGGUUCUGGCUGAGCUCGGGAUCCUCAUCGCUUCUCUGGACCUCGUCGCUCCCAUCCUCUCCAUGUUCUUUCUGAUGUGUUACCUGUUUGUGAAUCUGGCCUGUGCUCUGCAGACCCUGCUCCGGACGCCCAACUGGAGACCACGCUUCUCCUACUACCACUGGACACUAUCAUUUCUCGGCAUGACAAUCUGUCUGGCUCUCAUGUUCAUUUCCUCCUGGUACUACGCCAUCGUCGCCAUGGUGAUCGCCGGCAUGAUCUACAAGUACAUCGAGUACCACGGGGCGGAGAAGGAGUGGGGUGAUGGGAUCAGAGGUCUGUCUCUCAGCGCGGCUCGGUUCGCUCUGCUCCGGCUGGAGGAAGGUCCGCCGCACACAAAGAACUGGAGGCCUCAGCUGCUGGUUCUGCUGAAGCUGGAUGAAGACGCUCACGUCAAAUCUCCGCGUCUGCUGACCUUCGCCUCUCAGCUGAAAGCGGGGAAGGGUUUGACCAUCGUGGGAACCGUCAUCUCGGGGAACUUCCUGCAGACGUACGGCGAGGCUCUGGCGGCCGAACAGACGCUCAGGCUCCUGAUGGAGAAGGAGCGUGUCAAGGGCUUCGUGCAGUGCAUCGUAGCGCAGAAACCGCGCGAGGGCAUCAGUCACAUGAUCCAGUCCAGCGGCUUGGGCGGCAUGAGGCACAACACCGUGGUCAUGGGCUGGCCUCACGCCUGGAGACAGAGCGAAGACCCGCAGAGCUGGAAGACCUUCAUCAACACGGUUCGCGUCACCACCACGGCUCAUCUGGCUCUGCUGGUGCCCAAGAACAUCCCUCUGUUCCCCAGCAAUAGCGAGCCGUGUGCGGACGGCUUCAUCGACGUGUGGUGGAUCGUUCACGACGGCGGGAUGCUGAUGCUGCUGCCCUUCCUGCUGCGGCAGCACAAGGUGUGGCGGAAGUGUGCCAUGCGGAUCUUCACCGUGGCGCAGAUGGAAGACAACUCCAUCCAGAUGAAGAAGGAUCUGGCCACGUUCCUGUAUCACCUGCGCAUCGAAGCAGCCGUGGAGGUGGUGGAGAUGCACAACAGUGAUAUCAGUGCGUACACUUACGAGCGGACGCUGAUGAUGGAGCAGAGGUGUCAGAUGCUGCGGCAGAUGCGUCUCUCCAAGUCCGACCGCGAGAAAGAGGUGAGUGUGCAGAGAAAGAGACGUUUCCACAGGACAAACUCUCUCGCUUCAUCCGCUCACGCCUCGUUUCCUCUCUCUCUCAAGCGCUGGAGUUUCGAUGACGCGCAGCUGGUCAAAGACAGGAACUCAAUGCUGCGUCUGACCAGCAUCGGCUCGGACGAGGACGAGGACACCGACGGCGCAGGAGACCGCAGCGCAGAGCACCGGAGAGUCCACAUGACCUGGACCAAAGACAAGACCCUGCAGCUGCGCAGCAACACACACACACACACAGCCUCCUGCUGCAGCACUCCAGAGGGCUUCAGAGACAUGCUCAACAUCCGGCCAGAUCAUUCCAACGUGCGGCGGAUGCACACCGCCGUCAAACUCAACGAGGUGAUUGUCAAUAAAUCCCAUGAUGCCCGGCUGGUCCUCCUCAACAUGCCCGGGCCGCCCAAGAACCCGGAGGGAGACGAGAACUAUAUGGAGUUUCUGGAGGUGCUGACCGAGGGUCUGGAGCGGGUCCUGCUGGUGCGGGGAGGAGGAAGUGAGGUCAUCACCAUCUACUCCUGAUGCAGCGUUUCUGAUCUUCAUCCAUCCGCCAGCGUCUCUGAUCAUCCCGUCCAGCCAGCAGCAGUGUUUGAUCUAGUGUGUGUGUGUGUGUGUGUGUGUGUGUGAGACGGAGCGGCACGCGGCACCAGAGUGUGUUCCUCAGACUGACUCAGGGCUACAGCCAUUCAUACUGGACCUAGUGUGUGUCUUUCAGACGCGAGUGUGUGUGUGUGCUUGUGCACUGAAAAACGUGUCAAGAGCUGUUCUGUUGAAGCUUAAACAGGAAGUGAAAGAAUAUUUCAGCUAGAAGUGAUCAUCUUAUCAGCAGUUUCUCGCUCUCCUUUGUCCUCCACAGCAUCAAAAAAUCAGCUAAAGCACAUUUUAAUGCCAUCAUUUGAACAUUUUCCUCACAAUUCUGAGAGAAAAGUCAGAACGGCCAGAUGUGAACUCUGAAUUAUUUUUUUUAAAAAGCCAAAAUUCUGAGUUUAUUUCUUGCAAUUCUUUGUUUUUCAGAAUUGAGAGUUUAUAACUCAUAAUUCUGCUGUAUUUGCAAGGUAUACACUCAGAUUUCUGCCUAAUUGGCAGGUAUGACGUAAGAAUUGUGAGGGAAAAAAGGCCAGAAUUCUGAGAUAAAGUCACAAACCCUUUUUUUUUUUUACUUUUUGUUUCGUGAUGGAAGCCAAAAACCAUUACUGUAAGAUGUAAACUCAGAAUUUAGAGAGAAAAAGUCAGAUUUGCAGGAUAUAAAGUCAUAACAAAGGAAAAAAGUCACUUUCUCUGACAGAAUUGUAAUAUAAACUCUGACUUUUGGGCAGUUCUGAGUUUGCAUAGAAUUGAAAUUCAUAUUUUGCAGUUCUGAGUUUAUAUUGAAAAAGUUGCAAUUACCUUUUUUUAUUUUCUCUAACUUUUACUUAAAAUGAAUUAUGAUUUCUUAUCUCACCGUUAAGAAUUGCAAGAUGCAAAGUUGUAAAAGAAAAUAUCGGAGUUCUGGGUUUGUCAAAAUCCUGAUAUGAACUUGUGAGGUAUAAACUAGCACUUUUUUUUUUCUUGAAAUGGUGAGGAAAAAGUUGCAAUUAUUACCUUUUUAAUAUGUCUGAAUUCUGAGUUUACAUCCAAAAUAUAAUUCAGAGGUAACUGCAACUUUUCAUCUCAACUCUGAGAAAAAUAAUAGUAAGAUAUAAACUCAGAUUUGCAGAAAAAAAAAAUUUUUCCUUAGAACUGCGAGUUUAUAUUUUGCAGUUCAGAGUUCUUUUUUUUCACCGAAUUUUAAUUUUAAUUUUAAGUUAUUUUUGUGCUGGAAACAGGCUUCAGGAUCCUGUGUUUGGAUCAGCAGAAGUCGAUUGGUGUGUUUGUGGCGAGUGAAUGCUGAUGAAGCCUGAUGUGAGGAUCUCUUCUUCAUCGCAGCAGCAGCACGUCGUCUGUAAAUGUCCCUCGAUCCCUGUUUCUGCUUUAUUUGUGCCGCCAGGCUUCACUCAGCUGUUAACAGAGCUCAGAUUACUUCACGAGUGUUUUUUUCUUCAUUUUUUUUUAUCAUCAGUUGCUUAUAUCUUUAUGUGCAGGGAUUGUGAAUUUGUUUCUUGUCAUUUUUGAAAGUGUUAUCCGCUAUUUUUAUCACCUAAAAUAAUAAAAUGACAGUAAUACAUCUCUUUUAAA